AGCAGGAUUUGGAUCUUUCAAGCUUUGGGCUGGCUAAAGUAUCAUCUCUGCCAUGUGGACCAUGUUGAGAGUGAUCAUCGCCUACAGGAACUACCUGAUAGCCUGGCUCACACCCCUCCUGUUUCUUGCCCUGCCUCUGGCUGUCCCCAGCAAGGAAGCACAAUGUGGCUACACUAUCAUCCUGAUGGCGCUCCUUUGGUGCACAGAAGCGCUGCCGCUGGCAGUCACAGGUCUUCUCCCAGUCAUGCUCUUCCCACUCAUGGGCAUUAUGGACUCCACAAAGGUGUGCAUGGAGUAUCUGAAGGACACCAACAUGCUGUUUAUUGGGGGUCUGCUAGUGGCCAUUGCUGUCGAGCGCUGGAAUCUGCACAAGCGCAUUGCCUUGAGGGUCCUUUUGAUAAUCGGAGUCAGGCCUGCCUUGCUAAUGAUGGGCUUCAUGGGAGUCACCGCCUUCCUCUCCAUGUGGAUCAGCAACACAGCCACCACUGCCAUGAUGGUGCCAAUUGCACAUGCUGUCCUGCAGCAGCUGCACAAGUCAGAGCAGGAGAUGAUCACUGCGGAACAAGCAUCUGUCGAGAGUGGGAAGGUCAAUGGAGGAUUUGAGCUGCAGGAAACGGCUCAUCCAUCAGCUAAUGGAACCGUGGUGACCAUGGAGAAAGAGAAGAAGCUGGUCAUCCUGCAGGAACUUGAACAGAAGUAUCAGACUUUUUGCAAAGGAAUCAGCCUUGCGGUGUGUUACUCGUCUAGCAUUGGUGGGAUUGCAACCCUGACAGGCACCACUCCGAACCUGGUGUUGAAGGGCCAGAUGGAUGAGCUGUUUCCUUACAAUGGCAACGUGGUAAACUUUGCCUCCUGGUUCAGUUUUGCUUUCCCAACCAUGAUUGUGCUGCUGGUGCUUUCCUGGCUGUGGCUGCUCUUUAUGUUCCUGGGCUUUGACUUCAGGAAGAAUUUUGGCUGUGGCUCCACUGAGUCAGAGAAAUCGAAGUCGAAAGUGGCCUACGACAUCAUUAGGAACGAGCACCGGGGUCUGGGCCCCAUGAAAUGCUCUGAGAUCACCAUCCUCGCCCUUUUCAUAAUUCUGGUGCUACUUUGGUUUACCAGGGAACCUGGUUUCAUGCCAGGCUGGGCAACUCUCUUCAACAGAGAUGGGAAAAGCUACGUCACAGAUGCGACUGUAGUCAUCUUCAUCGGCUUGCUGCUGUUCUUGAUUCCCUCCGAGAUGCCCCGCUGUUGCUUCCGAGGGAGAGCCCAGCAAGGAGGCAGGGCAGCGCAGAUCCAGGCUCCCGAAGCCCUCCUGGACUGGCAAACGGUGAACCGGAAGAUGCCCUGGAACAUCGUCCUCCUCUUGGGAGGAGGCUUUGCCUUGGCCAAAGGCAGUGAGGCUUCUGGUCUAUCCAAAUGGUUGGGGAGCAAGUUGACCCCACUGCAGUCCAUCCCUUACCCAGCCAUCACUUUCCUCAUAUGCCUCUUGAUUGCUGUCUUCACCGAGUGUACCAGCAAUGUCGCCACCACCACCCUCUUUCUUCCCAUCCUGGCUUCCUUGUCGCAGGCAAUCUGCCUCAACCCCUUGUAUGUAAUGCUGCCCUGCACACUCUCUUCGUCCUUGGCAUUCAUGCUUCCUGUGGCGACCCCUCCUAAUGCCAUUGUCUUCUCCUAUGGACAACUCAAAGUCAUCGACAUGGUCAAGGCGGGCUGCAUGCUGAAUUUGUUGGGAGUACUGAGCAUUACUCUCGCCAUCAACACCUGGGCCUUCCCCUUGUUUGACCUGAGCAACUUCCCGGUCUGGGCGAACAGCACCUCAAGCGCUCACUGUUGAUUCCUGGAAGGCAUCCUUUUGACCCAGAGCUGCAACUCUGGAGCCCUGGAUGCCAUCAACGCCUCUGUAGCUCACUUCUGGGGAAGUGGAUCCACAAGUGGGCAGCCUCAGCCUUCAGGCACGGGCACCGCUACCCACAUCCCCAGCCUCCGUCUCUCUUGAGGAGUGGCUGGAAACUCUCUCCUGUGGCAAGUGCAUAGAUGUGCCUGCAAAAUCCAGGAAAAGCAUACCUCCGGUCUGUGCAGGAGAGUGAAAGAACAGCUUUCCUGGCUGUAGAGGGCAGGAACAGCCGAUGCUCCUGCCAUGUCCUCAUCUGGCCCAGGUGACAUAAGCCCCAUUGCAAGCCCAGCUCUCAUCCUGUGUGGGUGUGCCUUUGAGGCAUGCGCUGUUGCAGAGGAAAAAGGUGUGUAGCAGGGCACUCCAUGACCAUCGAAGCCAGGGCUGCUUGGACCGCUGCCGUGGUGCUACCUGUGCUUUUUCUUAAAGAAGCAAAUGUUUGUUUUUGUCCAAGUAAACCUUGUUUU